UCUCGCACCCGAGAGCUUCAUUUCCAACUUCAUCUUGAUCUUCAUAUUCUCUCCAGCCUUCACAACAAGAAGUACACAGUUCUUUACUACGAAAAUGCCGAAGGAGAAUAGUAACAGCGGAGAUUCUUCGUCUCGCACCGGCUAUGGAGGAAACUCGUACAGUGUGACGGGUAGUGGCACCGACAGUCAGGGAAACCACUAUUGUAACCGUGACUAUGGCGCCAGUGCCCCCAAUCAAAAUUCCUAUCAUUACUCAAACAAUAAUGGAAGCUAUUAUUAUUCCAAUCCCGACGGCUCUACCUACUAUAACAGUGGAAAUGGCCACAGCAAGUACACUAGAUAGACGCCGCGAGGUGUACGGCACGAGAGCAAAAGGCACUCCAGAUGCAAGAUGUUCUCUGCUCUUUUGCCGCCUGUAGCUCUCUAAUUCAUGUUACUCUCUUUUGAUAAUACUGGGACUCAUGCAUACGGCACACGAGAAUGAAAUGAAACAUUUCGUACGCUAGCUAGAUAUGCAAUU